UGGCGAAUUGAAUUUGAAAGGAAAAGUUCACCUUCCCUGCUAGAUUUUUCGUCGUUUUUUUCAAUCAAAUCCAUCAAAUUGCGUGAGAAUGAACUACCAGGGAUUCGAGGAAGAUGAUUUACCGCGUCCUGUGGCUCCAAAUGUGCCACGAGAGGAAAUCCCAGUGCCGGCGUUUUCCGUGCCGGAUGUUUCGGUUAUUGUGGACAAAAAAGCCCCGGAAAGGCGGCAAACCUACCAUGAGUGGCAGAAGAAGAUGAAUCUUGUGGUUUUGGAGGGAAGAUCAACCACAAGCACAGCAUACCACCCGCCAGCAAUGCCACAGAAUGCCCCUCAGAGUCCUCCAAAGAACUUCGAGACGUUCCAUCCGGCGCUAGAUCGACAAAGUCCUCUAGAACGCCCAAGAAACAGAGUUUUGACAAUUCCUGAUGCCCCCAAUGUAGCUGGAGAUGCAAAAUCCGAUGAACUCAUUACGAGGCUUGAGAGGCUUCUCGGGAGCUACAGCACACAGCUCGAAGGACAAAUACAGAGGCUGCAGCACAGUAAUCGCGAGGAGGAAGAGAAACGAGAGAAACCACAGAUGAAGGAUAAGAGUGUGGAUGUUUACCCACAAAUGCGUUCUGUGGGCAUUCAGUGCGAUCUCCUCCUUCCGGAAAUUUCCCCACCAACCAAAUCCAUUGGGUUACAGACUGAAGCACCCCCGGAGGUGUUUGACAAUCGUCGUGCAUCAGAUUCCUGCCUCGCAGGAGGCUUAAUCCCACGCGGGAAUCCCGCUCAGAGUGAUGCCUGGAGUACGGAAAUGUCUCUCGCUACGCGACAAUAUAUGGAGAAGUACAAUCUCCUCGGGGAGCCACGUUCAUCGCCAAAUCGCAAUGUUCUUGAUGGGAUUAAGGACUUGCGGUGGCAGAAGAGAUUUCACUAAAAGAAUAAAAAAAAAUCCAAAAGAAAACCCUCUCAAUGGUUACUCUCGUGGCCUUUGGCAAUCCCAUCCUGGAUAUGAGUUUAACCGUGGAGGAUGGAGAUGUACGCGGGAAGUACAAUUUGAAGGCCAACGAACAACUGGAGGUACCCAUUGAGAGGCUAAUGGCACUGAAGAAUGAUGCAGAAGAGAGGUAUGCAAAAACAGCUCAACUAAAUCCCGGUGGUUCAUCCCUCAAUACAUGCCGAAUCCUGCGUGCCCUUGGUGAGAAAGAAAUCAUCUUCUGUGGUUCCGUGGGGGAUGAUGAGAAUGGUGGGAAACUUCUUAAGCUGAUUGAGAAAAGCGGCGUUGAUGUUUGCCUCCAGAGGCUUCGUGGUGCUUCCACUGCGGUGUGUUUGUGCUUAAUUGGGGGCCCCAAUCGUUGUCUUGUGGCUGAUAUUGGGGCUGCAUUUAAAAUUCAACUCUCCUGGCUUGCAGAUGAGGCAAUAAAGCGAAUAACUCCCUCAAAGAUUCUCUACAUUGAGGGUUACUUUGUCCCCGAACGCUUCCCCAUCUGCCAAUGGCUUGUGGAGACAAUGGGGGCGACAACAAAGGUGGCAAUUAAUUUAAAUGCAAAGUACAUCGUUGAGAAUCUCAGGGAGGAGUUUAAGUUCCUUGUACAGGCGUGUGAUCUCAUUUUUGGCAAUGUCAGUGAAUUUUCCACCCUUGCCAAGACUUCUGGCUGUGAAAAUCUCAUUUCUUGGGUGGAUACCAUUGCCAGGGAUGCAGCAAAGGAUAAGAUCUUUGUAAUAACUGAUGGGGAAGCUCCUGUGCGGCUAAUUGAGAUCAUCAAUGGUGUGGUGAAGUCGCAGGAAAUUCCUGUGGAAAAGGUUGAGAAUAUCAAGGAUACUACAGGAGCAGGAGAUGCCUUUGUGGCGGGAUUUUUCUCAGCCUACAUCCGAGGUAAAAUCCCCAAGGAAUGUGUUCAGGAGGGCAUUCACGUAGCAGGGAGAACUCUUACGCAGAUUGGAUGUCAUCUUCCCGAAGAAUAAUGAGCAUUUAGUCGAAUUUCAAAUGUAUUUGUCCUCGUUAGUCAGGGAUUUAAAUUAAAUAAAAUGUAAUUUAGAGGGUU